UGAUCUUUUUUUUACCGUUUUCUGGGCGCCGGAGGUUCGGUUACGUUCCGGGCUAGGUUCCCCGGCCACCGCGCACCGCACCUCAUAACAAAAAUUUGGCACCCGUCACGUCACGUCAUUAUGCCGUUAUCGUCACUCACCCGGUUGUUUCUUUUUGUUUUCAAUUUUCAUGCUGGAAGGCUUUAUUAUCUGUUCGCUGAUACCGGUGAUCAUUUUGAUCAAAAUAAAUACGUUCUGGUUUUAUUUUACUCAAAAACUGGAAAGAAAUUUGAAAAAUAAUCCCACGUCUGUUUCCUUAUGGCGUGGAGCCCUAUAAUAUUCUAAUCUGUUCAAUAAAAUGAAUAUGUGGUGCAGAAGUUGACGGAAUUGAUGAGGAGGAUGUGCUAGUAUUUUUAUUAUUUAUUCAAAGUGGAUACGACAUGGCGAAGUACAUUCCCAACAAAGAUCUAGAGGAUUUGAAACCUAGAGUGGCCAAUGUUAUCCAUAAAUCUCUCGGCUACAGUGAUACAUCAUUAGUAACUGUAAUUAUGAAUAGUAUAACAUCGAGGCAUGAUAAAAAAAGAAUGACAGAUAAAUUAAUUCCAUUACUAGACAUCGAAAGAGGAUCUAAGUUGGCAGAUCGUAUUCAAGACUUGGUGAUUCAUUAUAAUAAGAAUGCUCAGAGUAAAGUUGGUAAUAAAAGAAGCGCCGAAGAUUCGGAAGACGAGCAAAAGAAAAAACUGAAAGAGGAACAAGCUCAAUUUAUCACCGGCAUAAGACCUGCAAUGCCGAGACCUGCGGCCCAAUUGCCUUCGAAUAUACUCGCCUUACAAUCGAAAAUCGCCAGUGUCAUGUCGAAAUUUCCCCCGCCAAAGGUAGCGGUUACGGAUAAACCGGCCCCUUUAAUAUUGGAUAGUGAAGGACGAACGGUGGACGUUACCGGCAAAGAGGUUCAAUUAACUCACGUCUUACCAACCUUAAAAGCAAAUAUAAGAGCCCAAAAACGCGAAGUAUUAAGUCAACAUAUUCGAGAAAAAUCCGAGGAUACGGUCGAAAGCAAAUUUUUCGAUAAUCGUAUCGCUACGAAGGCCGCAGUACGCUCUAAGCGUGCUCUGAAAUUCCACGAACCCGGCAAAUUUCAACAACUCGCCGAUCGUAUGCGAAUGAAAGCUCAAUUAGAAAAGUUACAAAAUGAAAUCUCGCAAAUUGCUCGUAGAACGGGCAUUUCUUCUGCGGCUAAGUUGGCCAAAUUGGAGUCCAAACAGAAAGAAGAUCUCGAUGAAGUGCCUGAAAUGGAAUGGUGGGAUUCAGUCAUCAUCAACGAUAGCACGUAUGAUAAAAUUCAAGACGAAAACUGUCUUCAUCUUAUCAAAAAAUCAGCGAUAACGCAUUUGGUGGAACAUCCGAUUCAAAUGAAACCUCCUAGCGAUCCUUUAAAACCUGUUUUCAUGCCCUUAUUCCUAACUAAACAAGAGAGAAAAAAAUUAAGAAGGCAGAAUCGAAGAGAAGCUUGGAAAGAAGAGCAAGAAAAAAUACGUCUAGGGUUAAUACCGCCUCCUGAACCAAAACUCCGAAUAUCAAAUUUGAUGAGAGUUCUCGGUACCGAAGCUGUCCAAGAUCCAACUAAAAUGGAAGCUCACGUUCGAGCUCAAAUGGCCAAACGACAAAAGGCUCACGAAGAAGCAAACGCAUCUAGAAAAUUGACCGCCGAACAGAAACGAGACAAAACUGUGCGUAAACUUAAAGAAGAUACCAGCACUGGUGUACAUGUUGCUGUUUUUCGCGUUGAUGACUUGAGUAGCGUGACAAAAAAAUACAAAAUUGAAACGAAUGCGAAGCAAUUAUUUAUGACCGGUAGCGUGAUUAUGUUUCAAGAUUGUAACGUCGUUGUCGUCGAAGGCGGUCCAAAACAAAUGAAAAAGUAUAAAAGAUUAAUGUUACAUAGAAUCAAAUGGGAAGAAGACAUCGUCAAAUCUAAAAACAGCGCCGAAGUUCCAAAUAAAUGUUGUCUCGUUUGGGAAGGGCUAGUGAAACAAAGGAAUUUCGGCGAGAUCAAAUUGAAAGCUUGCGCCACAGAAAAAUUAGCCAGGGAACAGUUGAGAAAACACGGCGUCGAGCAUUAUUGGGAUUUAGCCUUCAGUAAAAGUGUUCUCGAUCUUCCUGACGAUAAAUAAUAGUUCAUUUUUCCCUAUCACAUAUUGUUAUUAUUAUGUAUGCUGAUAUUUCGAUUUACGUGUGUUUUUCAAUUCUACGAGUUGAGUAUAUGAAAGAAAGAAAAAAGAACGAGUGUCGGUCUAAACUACCUGAAUAUUGUAACAAUGUUUUUACCCUAUUAUUUGUACAUAUAUAUUUGAACUGAAUAAAAAGAAUGUACGCAAUA